ACGCAUUACCAAAUAAACUAAACUAAAUUCCUAAUGUACUUAUUGUGUAUUCAGAACAUAAAUGUCUUUAUCGGAGUUGAUUUCCCGGUACGUAACGAACGUUUACACUGAGGGAUUGCCAAUGAUGAUCAGACGUAACUUUGUCUCUCGUUUCACUAGUCAACAAACCGGACGAGAAUACCAGCACGCCCUGCAUAAUUAUUUAUAAAUUACUCGACAUACUAAAAUUCAAUCACUGGUUACCAUAUUUAAUUACAAUUACAAUAAUAACAAUUUCUUUUUUUUAGGUAAAUUAUAAAUUAUUAUUUUAAAUAACAAAAAAAUAAACAAAUGAAAUGUGAUGUCGGCGGUAUUCAUAAAUGUCACGAUCUGGUAAAAAUUACAAGUGUAUGGCGCGAAAUAAUAAAUUAAAAACUAAUGAAGAAAUUUCGGAUGCUAAAUUAUCAGUAGACAGUCGAACUAAAAAAUGUAUAGACUGGUUAAUUCGUAAUGGAAACCCAAAAAUUAAUACCGACUCACAACAAACGCGUGAAAACAUCAAACCAAAAUCAUGUGGAAAAAAAAUCGCAAAACAAUAAUAAUAAAAAUAACAGCGACAGUAGCAGCAGUACUAUAGGAAUUCAAUCACUACCGAUUGAGAUUCUUGUUGAAAUACUUUCUUAUUUAAAUUCACGUGAUCUCCAUACUCUCGAAGAGGUUUCGAAAUUUUUUGAAACGCUAGUUCGUCAACCUUCAGUAUGGAAAGCUUACGAGAUUAAGGAACAUGAUCCUGAGACGUACAUAAUAAUAGCACAAUUGAAAAGAAUGCCACUUUUGGAGCGAUUAACUAUCGAAACACGUCCCGAUUGCGACGAUAUCCUAGAACAAUUGUCCCGCAGCAAUCGAAAACUCGAGAGACUGCGAAUCGUCGACUGUACCGGUUCGACCGGAAAACUGUAUCUGCGUUCAAGUUAUUUGACUAGAAUAUUAGAACGGUGUAAUCGUUUACACACGAUUCACAUUCUCGGCAGCCGUUUGCAAGGCAGGAAAUUCUAUCGACUAUUGGGCGAUAUGAAUACACGUCUCCGCACACUAUCGACACAAGCAACAUCAUCACAAUUUCGUACCUUUGCCAAGCACGCCAGUCACUUUAACGAUCGGGAUCGAAAAGUAAUAUGUAAUAUGUGUAUAGGUGGUAGAACGUGGGCGCCGUUACGUUAUUUUAUGUUAGAACGUCCAGAUUAUCAACGUCCAUUGGCACCAAUACGACGAACAGUUUUAGUCAGUUACCUACACAAAGACUUUCUUUCAAUCGACGUUACUGAUACUGACAAACCCACCAGCACGACAUCAAACCCUGACGACAGUAGCCUUCGUAAUUCGUGUCCAUGACCCCAAGGUUUUACAAGUCCGCGUGACCAAUAGACCAACAAUCAUUUUUUUCUAGUCCACUUGCAUUAUUACUUUUAUCAUUUUUUUUUCAUCUUUAGUUUCACACAUUUACAAAACAUAAACCGCAAUAAUUAUAAUCGUAACGAAGAUUGUAAUAAUUAUUGACCCGUAGAUGCAUAACAAACUAAUUACAUUUGGUUGCUCGAUCUUGCGAUAAUAUUUAUCGAGGUUUCUUCUCAACCGCAUCAUAAUCAUCAUCAUCAACAUCAACAUCUCCAUCUACUUCUAUUUCAAAUGCUCAUCGAGUCGUUACAAUAGAUGUUGGAUAGUACAAUUAAAUAAAAGACCAUUGGUCAUUAUUAAUUAUUCAAUUCAAUGAACACAAGAUAAAUAUCAUUUAAUAAAAAUGAGUAUUUAAAAAAAAAUUAUCUAUAAUUACCGUUAAU